AUGGCUGCUCUUAGUUGGUUAACUUGUAGGCAAGUACCUCGAAUCGCGCCUCAGUUUUGGCGCAUAUUAAAAGGCGCAAGGGCUCAACAUAUUGUGACUCCAGCUCGCCGAUUUCAGCGGACACCGCACAGAUGGAUUGGCGACAAAGGACCUUGGAACAAGAGCCGGAUACCGGAGCAACAUCACUUGACAGAUCUCGAUAAAGCGGAUGCUCUGAUGCUGCGGAAAUCCCAUGAAACAGGGUUCCUGUCCUGGUUUCGGAAUGGUCUUCUGGCGACAGGUAUUGGAGUUAUCUCCUUUGUUCAGAGUGAUGUCGGAAGGGAGGCCGGUUAUGCGUUCUUCAUCUUGGGUGGAGUCUGCGUGUCGUUUGGAGGAGCGUCUUACGUGGGUAAUCUGUUUGCUCUGCGGCGUAUCAUGCUGCUGUCUGUACCAGCAGUGCUGAUGCACACAGGUGUCGUGUCCAGCAUCGCCCUCUUCUGGCUGUGCGCGGUAUCGCUCUACAUAGGCCGGCUUGAGGUGGAGAUCAUUCACGAUGAGGAUGAAGAGGAGGGCGGAAUGGAGGGAGGGGAGUGUGAAAGCUGCAGGGCCCGUCGUGAAAGACAGCAGGCGAACGACAAAGGCCAGGAGAAAUAAAUGAGAGAGAGAGCGAGAGAG